CUUGAGAACUCCGAGAUUCCAGCUCAUACAAAGGAAAGAGACACCAUAGCCAGCCUGACCACCUCCUUCCUCCUCCUCCCCACAGACCAAGACCUGACCCCCUGACAGCCCAGAAAACCAUAAACAUCCAAGCUCCAUUAAAAAGCACUCCCUGAGAAACCAGACGAAUUCCCCAUUUCCUCCAUUAUUUGGCGUUGAAAGCAAGCGAACAACCCGACCGACGCCAUGAGUCUCUUCGGCCUCGGCAGCAGGUACCAGCUUCCUUCGUUUUUUCCCUUCCCCUUUUCUCUCCCGAUUUUGGGUUGGUUUUUGUUUGAUUCCCCGUUUGCGUUUUUCAAUCUGGUAGCCUGGUCCUUUGUUUGAUUGUAUCGAUUUGUCUUUUUUUGCGUAAGUGGGUCUUCAUUUUCACGGGAAGAAUCUGUGAUCCGUUUAUUCCUAUGAGAGAGAUACAGUGUCGAAUUAUCUGUUCAUGGGGAUCGGCCGGCCAAAUUGCUUUUACUCGCGUUUGAAUUUUUUAUGUUUGCGUUUGCUCAUCAAGGGUUGGGUCUUGAUCGGAAUCGGGACAGGGGUUUUGAUUGACUUGGACAGAAAUCUAGGCUUUUGGAGAAAUGGUCGUAAGGUCAUGGAAUUGGAAUUUGUGGGCCUCUGGUGUCAGAAGAUUUCCCUGUCAUUAUACCCAUUUCAUAAUCCCUCUUUUUAAGGAUAGAUCCUGGCUUUUUUCAGCUUUUACUUUGUUGAUUCGAUUUCCCCCUUUCCCCCUUGGCCUUCAUUCGUUUUCUGUUUCUCUGGUGCCAAUCCAAUGGGGGGAAAAAGAUGAAGCCUUGAAAAGUUGAUGGCAGCAUCCGGGUUGUGUGGUUCUGAUUUUAUGUUAUGCCAAUCCGGCAAGAGCCCCUUGAGAAACCAGAAGACUUUCCGGCCUAAGAAGAAUGCUCCAUCUGGUAGCAAGGGUGCUCAACUUCAAGCACACAUUGAUGCUACCUUGGGUAGUGGCAACUUGAGGGAAGCUGUAAGGUUGCCUCCUGGAGAAGAUAUCAAUGAGUGGCUAGCCGUCAACACUGUGGAUUUCUUCAAUCAAGUGAACAUUUUGUACGGCACUUUGUCUGAAUUCUGUACACCAUCCAACUGUCCAACCAUGACAGCCGGCCCAAAAUAUGAGUAUAGAUGGGCUGAUGGGGUUACCAUAAAGAAGCCAAUUGAGGUAUCUGCUCCAAAGUAUGUUGAAUAUCUGAUGGAUUGGAUAGAGUCUCAAUUAGAUGAUGAGAGGAUUUUCCCUCAACGACUGGGGGCACCAUUCCCUCCAAAUUUCCAAGAUGUCGUGAAGACAAUCUUUAAGAGAUUAUUCCGUGUAUAUGCCCACAUAUACCAUUCACAUUUUCAGAAGAUUGUGAGUUUGAAGGAAGAAGCACAUCUAAACACUUGCUUUAAACAUUUUGUUCUCUUUACAUGGGAAUUCCGAUUGAUCGACAAGGGCGAACUAGCGCCUCUUCAUGACCUCGUCGAGUCCAUCCUCUGAUCAUAGAUGCCAUUGGUUGGAAACUCAUUUGUACCGCUUUUCCUUUUGCUUCCCCAUUUUAACUUACCAGCAUGAUUUACAGUUGGUUUGCUUUAAAACCAUUUCCAUAGGAGUGAUGAUCUUGAAACAGAAUAAGAAGUAUUGUGAAUCUUGUUUGCCCUUCCUAAUUGUUUUGCUGAACGCACAGUUUUUCCUUUUUUUCUCAUACUGUAUGUAUGUGUACCCAUCUGUCGAAUUGUUGAUAAUAUGGUUGUGAGAUUCCAGAAAUGCUGUAUGAUAUUUUAGCUGGCACUUAUCAUGUACAGGUGUGUUGGAUAGUUGCUUAGAAUUUCAUUCACUCUUUAGCC